AUCUGUUUUUAAACGGCUUUUUCGAAUUCAGUUUUUAAAAUUUUUGAAUGUUUUAGUUUUACAAAAUAUGUUUAAAUAUUAUCAAAUAAGUUAAUUUAAAUACGUUACCUAUAUUUAUUCUUAAAAUCGUAUUUUACUUUACCUAAUCAUGGAUUACUCAACAAUUAGCAACAAAACCAAUAUAACCGAGGCGGAAGAUCUAACGGGCGGUGAAAUCAAUGAGAAGUAUUAUUUGCUCCGUAAACAAUAUGAAAACUUAUCGAGUAACUACGACGCAAUUAAACAGGAGCUCCACGACACGAGGCGGAGCUACCAAACAGCUUUGGAUGUACAGAGCCACCUCAAUGCAGAGUUAGAAAGUUGUCAAGCAGAUGAACUAAUUCGAAGGAAUGAGCUGAAUUCUCGUAUAAACGGACUCCAAGAAGACAUUUCAGCUUUACGGCAGGAGCGGACUGACCUAGUAGAACAACAUGCAAAAGAGAUUAAGGUUUUAGAAGUGGAAAAUAGACGGUUAAGGGAGGAACAACUGGUGGUUGCGAGGGACUCUCCAGUGCGAGAUACUGCAGAGUUUGAUGAACUUCGUGCGGCGUUGUCGUCUGUCACAACGGAGGCAGCUGGUGCGAAGGUUGCACUGGAUGAGGCGCGCGCUGAACUCGUUUCGUGGCAGAUAAAAGUGGAGGAGCUGGUCACAGAGGUGGCAGAGCUCCGAGCAGCUGCUGAUAUAAGAAGAGAGGAGUUGAGUGCAGCCAGUGAACGAGAGUCCGCAGCCCUGGCCGACCUGGCAGAGGCCAGGGCCAUGUUGCACCAGGUUGACUCACAAGACUUGCAGCCACAUGCUGCAAAAGGCAACUCAUUAUUUGCUGAGGUGGAGGACAAGCGCCAGGAGAUGGCCAAGAACUUGAUACAAAUGAAACAAACUAACUCUAGGCUGCGCAGAGAGCUGGCCAACAAGCAGGCUGAGCUGGAAGCGUUGCUGCACGAGAAGCAGACCAUCUGGGAGCAGCAGGCCGGCGCCGCCGCGCACUACGACAGGGAGCUCAUUGAGAAGUACGAGGAGCGCAUAACGCAGCUGGAGGGGCAAUGCGAGAGGCAGCGGCGCGAGCUGGCGCGCUGGUUCGGCAAGCUGUGCGAGCCCGCGGCACAGGGCUGGCUGCCCGGCGUGCUGGACCACUUGAAAACUGAAUGUGAACAGCUACGGUUAGAAGUGUUAUCGAGAGGCGCAGCGCAACUGGCGAGCGCCGCCCAAGUGAGGGAGCUGCGAAGGAAAAUCGCCCAUCUGACCGCCAACAACACUAAACAAUCGCCCAUACAAAACCAAGUCGAUAAAGACGAUAUUAGCGUGCAAAAAUUCACCGUGCAAGUCAAGAAAAUUGCUGUUGAUGAUGUUAAGAAAAAAGUGUCUUUUAAUUGAUGUUUUAUUAAGUGUACAAUAUAUGGAUUAUUUAAUUAAAA